AUGGAAAAAGGUCGUGACCACAACGAGAACCCCCAGGUAGCAGAGAACCACAGCCAUUGUCCGCCCCCUACCACGAUCAACAUAUGGAGGCAAGAGCGAUGGGGUCUAAACCACCAUGGUCUCACUGGGCACAAUCUUGACCCGUUGAUGAUCUUACCAUCGAUAGGGUCAAAGGAGGCAGACGCAAUAACCUUUUUCGAAUUUGUUUCAAUCGAGAAUCUGAACCACUAUCAACCCUCUCAAUCGUGGCGGAAUAUGAUGAUGUUCUUCUCCCAGACAGUGCCAUCAGUGCGCCAUGCCGCUCUGGCUCUGGCUCUACUUCACAGAGAUUUCACGGAUCGUGGUUCUCCCAGCAGCUUGCAUCCUCCACAAUCAUUCGGCGACUACCCACCGGGCCAUUUACCCUUAGUUCAUUAUAAUCGAGCCAUCGAACUUCUCCUAGACCAUGAUACCGGUGACAACCCGGAGAGAACGGCUAUCACCCUUUUGGUCUGUUAUCUUUUGACCUGCUUCGAUCAUCUGGCAGGUAAUUACGUCCAAGCAAUUAAGCACCUACGUGGAGGCGUGGACAUAUCAUGUAAGAUGAACAACAGUAUCCUUGACAAGGAGGAUCCAGACUAUGAUGCCACACAUUCGAGUGUCAGCACUGUUAUCAACCAAGUCACGCGGCAAAUUCGCCGUCUCGACCUUCAGGCCGUAACGUUCUUAGUUGAUUGGAUCCCCACUGAUACCCAUGACACCAUCAUGUCUCAGUCUUCACCCUCUGAUGAUGUAUUUCAAACCCUUGAUCAAGCCGCCGACUGCCUCCAGAUCCUCGUCAACGAAGUCUUGAGACUACACAACACGGGUCAGCAGUUUAAUGGUACCAGCGAGAUGUCAGCAUCGCUGUUCAUAUCUAGGCCUAUCGUUCUCAGGCAACUUGAGGUAUGGUUGAAUCGUUUUCAAAACAUGGUGCCAAGAGAUACCUCCCACGAAAAUGAUACUGACACUGGCCGGCUCAUUUCGUUACUGCGCCUGAAGUAUGGUGUCGCAUGGAUUCACCUCAGUAGCUUUGGGCCUGGCAAGGAAAUGGAGUAUGACAGCUUUCUGACUGAUUUUCAGCAAUGCGCUUCUUUGGCAGACGGAAUAGCGACUGCGCACGAGCGACACCCUGGGUCAUUAAAACCAACUUUUACCCCCGAAAUUGGAAUUGUUCCUAUGCUUUACUUAAUCGCAGUCAAAUGUCGGCAUCCUGUGGUCCGUCGCCAGGCUCUGGGGACUUUACGACGGCAUCCUAUACGGGAAGCUGUUUGGGACAGCAUCUGCGUAGCCAGGGUUGUUGAGCGAGUCAUCGACAUUGAGGAGAGUGGGUCUCAGCAGGCUGAACAAAUCGCUCUGGGCCAGAGAAUCGAGACUUUAUCUUGGAUACAUGUCGAAAACCUUCCAAAUCCUCCUAGGGUGGAUAUAACAUAUGUGUUCUGCGGUCGGGGUGAGACUCAUACCGAAUCUCUAAAGAUCUAG